AUGCGCCUAGGAGGGGGAAUAGCACAGGCUCACCUUGGGGGAGGCCACUUUGGCCGAUGGAGCGAGGAGGAGGCCGAGGCCUGGGGCUGCCGACCCUGGGCCGACUGCGGGGCCCAGGCGGGAGGAGGCCCAGGUGGGACGUUGCGCCGCUCGAGUCGGUCCCUCGUCCUCUCGCUCGGGACCGAGGACCUGGCGGCUGCCAGCGGCGGCUUCAGGCGACCGGUGCUGCAAGAGGACGGCGGGGCUGGCGGGAUGGCGCGGGAGGCGAGCAGGUGGGGCGGCCGGAUGCGAGCGGGCGGGGCGGCGCGCGAGGCCUGCACGCGGGGCGGCGCGGGAGGCGAGCAAGGGCACCGGCGGGAGGAGAUCGGUCGGCGGGGCUGCACGGAGGUGAGGCGGGGCGAGGCUCCGGCGUGGCGGCCCCUUCCCGGACCGGAUCCGACCGGCGGAGGGAGAUCCGGUGAGCUUGCACCGACGGGCAGCUACUCCGGCAAGGGGAGGUGCGAUGGGCUGGAAACGUUGUGCGGCCAGUCGUACGGCGUCAGGCAGUACCACAUGCUAGGGAUCUACGUGCAGCGCUCAUGGAUCAUCCUCUCCGCCUGCGCCGUCGCCAUGCUCCCUGUCUACCUCUUCACCUCCCGGCUCCUCGUCUUCCUCGGCCAGGACCAGGCCAUCUACGCGGCCGUAGGAACCAUCGCCCUCUGGUACAUCCCCAUCAUGCUCUCCAGUGUCUGGUCCUACACGCUCCAGAUGUACCUGCAGGUGCAGAGCAAGAACGCCAUCAUCACCUGCAUUGCCUUCCUCAACCUCGGCGUCCACCUCCUCUCCUGGCUCGCCACGGCUAGGUUCCACCUCGGUCUAGCGGGGGUCAUGGGCUCCAAUAUCAUCGCCAUGUGCAUCCCUGCAUUCGGGCAGCUCCUCUUCAUCUUCUUCCGUGGGUGCCCUCAGACAUGGACAGGGUUCUCAUCGGCUGCAUUCGCCGAUCUAGGUGCCAUCUUCAAGCUCUCCAUGUCCUCUGUUGUCAUGCUUUGGUAUGCAAGAACCACUAACAACUCCACUGCAUGA